AUGCCACCGUUAUCAACUGGAAGGGGAGUAAAUGUGAUAACGGGGGGGCCCGUGCAUGGAGGAACAAUCAGUGGGGCAAAGAAGCACCUAUCUGAGCACCGUCAUAUAGUGUAUGCCUUAGAUGUCGAUAACCGUCCUCGGCCAGAUUCAAUCCCUGAUGUGGUGUUUAUAGAUGAGGAUGCAAGGGGAAUUGUCUUCCCUCAUGAUGAUCCGCUGGUAUUGCUAACAAAGAUAAACGGAGCUGACAUUAAGAGAGUUUUGGUUUAUGGGGGCAGCUCGACAAAUGUUCUGUUUAGGAAGGCCUUUGAUGAAAUGAUGAUUGGAAGAAAAUAUUUGAAGCCGGUAUCUUAUCCGAUCAUUGGGUUUAAUGGAUCAACAGUGAGACCGGAAGGAAGCAUAGUUCUACCAGUGCGGCUAGGUGAAGGGCCAACAUCAAGGGAUGUGAUGUAA